AUGGUUGCAUGGGAGGGGCGUAUAGUCACCUACGUCAUUGGCAUUUACCUGCACAGGUUAGGUAGGCAAUUUAUAGCCCAAAGUAUAGCCUACCACUCACCGACCCCAGACCAGCCCACACACUCUUAGGGAGCUCUGUGUGACACACACUUAUAUCGUUUUUAACAUUUACGCACACUUGUUGCGCAAAGGCAAGGUAGUCUUAAAAAAAUAUUCAGAACAUUGACUCACCAAUGCAUUGGUUUUUGUCAGUAAGGGAGUUGAACCAUUCAGUCAUGGAUGACUAGUAUAGCUGUUGUUAUACUAAACAUCUGGCUCCUAGCAGACUUGGAGCCGUUCCAAUGCCCAUAAAAGUGAAUCCCACUAUAAUUAUACUGGACUGUUGGCAUGUGGAACACGCCACACACAACUGAUCCACACUAUGGUCCAAUUUAGGGUCUGCUGCAUUCAUGACUGCUCUGUAUCUACAGUAUCCAUUCUAUAAGAACUUCAGUAGAAGUAGAUGUGUUAUGUGGACAUGAUAUCAGACAUACACAUUUUAAAGCAAGUUAAUAUUGCAAUUUCAAGAAGGCACAUGCAAAGGCAUAUCCAGGGGAGUACGUGUCUCCUUUCCUCUGCAGGAGCUUCCAAAAUGUGAAUAAAGCUUUUAGUCAGUGUCAUUUUAGUAGCCUGAAGCAAUCCUCCCAUUGGAAACAAAAAACACAGGUAGUUAAGACAUGCAAAAGCUGCAGAAUUAUUCCUCCUCAGUUUUGUCAUGAAUCGCUUGAAAGGGUGGUUUUGAGGUCAAGACACAACACAGUAAGCCAGCUGGUGAGUUUAGUUGGUGUCAGCCUCUCUAAGUAAAGAGAAGAUACAUUUUCAGGAAGCAAUAAAAGCAUUCUUACCAGAAAAUGUAUCCCUGACUGAAGUGCUUGUAUUAAAUCCCUACUGACAACAACAUUACAUUUUAUCCCUGAUGUACAGUACAGUAGAUGCAAUCAGGUAAAAACCUGAUCACCUUAUCAACGUACAUCACAAAAGGUACAUAACUUGUGCAUUGCAAAGAUAAGCAAAAGGCUGUAUGAUGUUAACAUACAGUAUGGUAUUGUAAGAACUCAAAAGGGAUGGGGAUGUGUUCCUGACCAUUCCAGAGAGAAGAGACAGAUGUGUGUGGUGUUGUGAUGGUGAGGUGAAGCGUUCCCUGCAGGCUGUGUGUUUGAUGUAUCCAGCCUAGUGAGGAGUGUAACAACUCAACAACAGCAUGCCUUUAGUGAUUUAGGCUGCACAGGCCUGUGACCACUGACCUCUCCUCUGUUAACGUUUAACUCCUCAAACACAGCAGGAAAACUCUACGUAAAACAUUCUGUUUUAUGUCUAAGCUGAACAUACCCUGCUGUCUCCAUUUCAGCAUCUGUUUGUCUAUGCAUUGUAACAAUGUUGUUACUAUGUAGUUACAUUGUUAUAACAUGAGUAUAAGCAGGGGUGAAAGUAGAAUACAUUUCCGGUAAGGGACCUCCUAUGUGUGCAUGCGCUUGUCAAAUAAUCACUUCAAAGGGCUCCUUUACUAAGCUACGUGCGCAUGUUCCUUAGUGAUGGGAAGUUCGGCUCUUUUGACUGACUUUGAUCUUUUCAACUCGUUCAGUCAAAAGAACAAAUCUUUCGACCCAUUUAGUUCAUUUGAGUCGGUAAGGCCUAAGCACGUAGUAGUGGCCGCAACCGGACUCGAUUGUGAAGGACUCUUGGCGGAAUGCAUUGCUUGACUGCCGUGAGGGUGAUAAGCACAAUGUCAUUUGUGAACUGCAGCCCCCCAAAUGAUUCGUUCUCGAGUUUGAGUUUGUUGAGCAGAGGCUGUGUAUGUUUUGGUUCUACAAAGCUGUGUCCAUCAUAACAUUCAAUAAUCAAUUAAUUGCAUUCAUUCUUGCAGCAUGCGAUCAAUUAUGAGUUCUAAACAUGUAUUUUUCUUCUGAAACCAAAAACGGUUCUACCUGGAACCAAAAACGGUUUUGCUAUGGGGACAGCCGAAGAACCAUUUUGGAACCCUUUUUUCUAAGAGUGUAGGCCAGAAUUUAUGCAUCCACUGCUGUCCGCGUAUCUCGGCCACUCAUCUCUGCCUUGGCAAAAUGUCAGUGUUCUCGUCGAACCACAUCCCAUUUUGGAGUGUAGGCUAUACCACCCGUUUUCAAGACCAUUCGCUAAUUUUUCAUGCGGUAAUGAUAAAUAGUUGUAUAAUAGCCUACAGUUUUCUUGACAUUUUGUUUUAAUUAUUGUGAUAGGCUCAUGUUUUUACCGGUACGGCGUACCCCCAAUAUCUAUUUUUCCAGGACGUCGUACCGGACCGCACCACCUUACUUUCACUUCAAAGUGUUACCCCAAAAUUGCCAUUAUAUGAUUAUGAUGGCACUGGUCAGCUUUUAGGUUCAACCCUUUACCUACAGUAACUAUCUGUGGCCCUCACAAUCUAUCUGACUGCUGUGUCCACAUAGCCAUAACAUGCAUGAGCCUGAGAACAAACACAAAAUAUCUGAUCCCCACCUUGUAAUAACAAAAAAAGUUUUUUUUAGAUAAAGCUGAUAUCAAGGUCAUAUGCAGUAACUAAAGUAGGGUGUGUGUAUAUGUGAGUGUGUUUGCCAUCGCUCAAGUGUACGCUCUCCUAUACCAGCCUUUCCUUUUCAUGGAGAGAAGAAGAGGUUUGUGUCAUAGUACAAACAAACCUAUUGUGAAUUCAAAUGUUCUAUGUAGCUCAAUUGGUAGAGCAUGGCGCUUGUAACACCAGGGUAGUGGGUUCGAUCCCCGGGACCACCCAUACGUAAAAAUGUAUGCACACAUGACUGUAAGUCGCUUUGAAUAAAAGCGUCUGCUAAAUGGCAUAUUAUAUUAUAUUAUAUUAUAUUAUACUUCACACAUAUCGUUUAUUACCUCACUUCCUUCCUCAGCAGUCCCCACCCAUCACAUCCCCUACUUCAGAAAGCAAAGAAGGCUAACCCACUGUAGGGCCAUAAACCUGAUGUAUAUUAUCUCUUUCUAAGAGACGUGAAGGAAAUACAUGAAACCACAAUAACCCACGUUACUUUGACUUAUGUUACAGUAUGUGAGGUUUUCUUGACAUCAUCUCCUUCCCAUGUUCUCUAGCACAUGAUGCAUUUCUCCUUGCUGCUCUUGUCUUCAUUCAAGGAAAAAUAAGCUAAAGUUGUAUGAUGGAUCUGAUGUUUUCCAUUACAAACUUUAUUCGUCAUGGUAAUGAUAUGCAGAUAACAUCCCCUCUCUCUCUGUUUGCACCGUGCAGUUAAAUAGAACCAGCUUGGCGGGUUUGGAUGCAUUUCUUUCUGGAUCAGUUUACAGAUGGGACUGUUCUAAUGCCAGCUUUUUCUCCAUGAGCAGAAUGGAUCAGCUUUAUAAUGGGGAUGGAGUUUGACCUUUUGUUUCUUGUUUAUGUACUAUUAUAAAGGCAUUCAUAUGCAAUACAUAAGCUCAAGGCCUACAUAACUAUUAUCUGGACAUAUGACUCCUGGCAUUGAUCAACUCACAUAAAUGUUUACAUUGAUUGUAAGGUCGAAGAGCAGUGUGCUAUUAUCGUCAAUAUGUUUGGGGUUUCACUGCUGAGUACAGUGCAUUUGGGAAGUAUUAAAACCCCUUGAAUUGUUCCACAUUUUGUUACAUUACAGCCAUAUACUAAAAUUGAUUAAAAAUUGUUUUUUCAAUCUACACACAAUACCCCAUUAUGAAAAAGCAAAAACAGGAAACCGGAAAUAUCACAUUUACAUAAGUAUUCAGACCCUUUACUCAGUACUUUGUUGAAGCACCUUUGGCAGCGAUUACAGCCUCGAGUCUUCUUGGGUAUGACGCUAAAAGCUUAGCAGACCUGUAUUUGGGGAGUUUCUCCCAUUCUUCUCUGCAGAUCCUCUCAAGCUCUGUCAGGUUGGGUGGGGAGCAUCGCUGAACACAUAUUUUCAGGUAUCUCCAGAGAUGUUUGAUCGGGUUCAAGUCCCGGCUCUGGCUGGGACAUUGAGAGACUUGUCACGAAGCCACUCCUGCGUUGUCUUGACUGUGUGCUUAGGGUCGUUGUCCUGUUGGAAGGUGAACCUUCACCCCAGUCUGAGGUCCUGAGCACUCUGAAGCAGGUUUUCAUCAAGGAUCUCUUUGUACUUUGCUCCGUUCAUCUUUCCCUCGAUCCUGACUACCCUCCCAGUCCCUGCCGAUGAAAAACAUCCCCACAGCAUGAUGCUGCCACCACCAUGCUUCACCUUAGGGAUGGUGCCAGGUUUCCUCCAGACGUGACGCUUGGCAUUCAGGCCAAAUAGUUUAAUCUUGGUUUCAUCAGACCAGAGAAUCUUGUUCUUGUCCUUUAGGUGCUUUUUGGCAACCUCCAAGCGGGCUGUCAUGUGCCUUUUACUGAGAAGUGGCUUCCGUCUGGCCACUCUACCAUAAAGCCUGAUUGGUGGAGUGCUGCAGAGAUGGUUGUCCUUCUGGAUGUUUCUCCCAUCUCCACAGAGGAACUCUGAAGCUCUGUCAGAGUGACCAUCGUGUUCUUGGUCACCUCCCUGACCAAGGCCCUUCUCCCCCGAUUGCUCAGCUCUAGGAAGUGUCUUGGUGGUUCCAAACUUCUUCCAUUCAAGAAUGAUGGAGGCCACUGUGUUCUUGGGGACCUUCAAUGUUGCAGACAUUUUUUGGUACCCUUCCCCAGAUCUGUGUCUCCACACAAUCCUGUCUCGGAGCUCUACGGACAAUUCUUUCGACCUCAUGGCUUGGUUUUUGCUCUGACGUGCACUGUCAACUCUGGGACCUUAUAUAGACAGGUGUGUGCCUUUCCAAAUCAUGUCCAAUCAAUUGAAUUUACCACAGGUGGAUUCCAGUCAAGUUGUAGAAACAUCUCAAGGAUGAUCAAUGAAAACAGUAUGCACCUGAACUCAAUUUCGAGUCUCAUAGCAAAGGGUCUGAAUACUUAUGUAAAUAAGGUAUUUCAGUUUUUUAUUUUUAAUACAUUCUAUAAUUUUUUUUUAUAAAAACCUGUUUUCGCUUUGUCAUUAUGGGGUAUUGUGUGUAGAUUGAUGAGGAUUAUUAUUUUUUUCAAUCAAUUUUAGGAUAAGUAUGUAACGUAACAAAAUUUGGAAAAAGGGAAGGGGUCUUAAUACUUUCUGAAUGCACUGUAUACUGAUUUAACCACACUUGUACUGAACCGAACAGUACUGUACUGGCCUAACAGUUGUCAGGUAACAUUUUAUGUGUCUUUAUUGCAUUUACUUAUGCUCCUUCUCUGCAGGCUUGGUACAGUAUGUAGUACGUCUACAAUCCCAAAUGGACUGCAUGAUUUGCAUGCCCUCUCUCUCCAUUCCUCUCUCUUCUCUCCCCAGUAUUCUAAUCCUCCAUUUGUCAAUACAACAUGAUUGCGCUUUUCCUCCCCCAUCUUUCUCUCUGUAUUUAUUACACACUUUGCUGGACUUUUCCAGGGAGUCCCAUGCUCUGCUGGCGAGAUGCACAAGUCAAGGAUCAGUGGGUAUGGCAGAGGGCAAUGUGGCUUCACUAACUGUUUGUUUUAGCACACGUGUUAACAUGGAUCGCAUUCCCCAGUGACAAAAGAGUCAGCUCUCUGACUGUGAGAGACUAUGUGUAGUUAUGUGUGAGCAUGUGUGUUCAGGACAAGGUAUGAAGUACAAAACAGAUAUUUUCAUGUUUGUAUUCGUAUUUUAUUAAUAGCAACUUGGAGGGGAACAUUUGACGACGACCCCCUCAGGAGACUGAAAAGAUUUGGCAUGGGUCCUCAGAUCCUCAAAAAGUUAUACAACUGCACCAUCGAGAGCAUCCUGACUGGUUGCAUCACUGCCUGUAUGGCAACUGCUCGGCCUCCAACUGCAAGGCACUACAGAGGGUAGUGCGUACGGCCCAGUACAUGACUAGGGCCAAGCUUCCUGCCAUCCAGGACCUCUAUACCAGGCGGUGUCAGAGGAAGCCCUAAAAAUUGUCAAAGACUCCAGCCACCCUAGUCAUAGACUGUUCUCUCUGCUACCGCACGGCAAGUGGUACCGGAUCGCCAAGUCUAGGUCCAAAAGGCUUCUUAACAGCUUCUACCACCAAGCCAUAAGACUCCUGAACAGAUAAUCAUGGCUACCCAGACUAUUUGCGUUGUCCCCCCCACCUCACCCCACCCCCUCUUUUACGCUGCUGCUAUUCUGUUUAUUAUCUAUGCAUAGUCACUUUUACUCUACCCACAUGUACAUAUUACCUCAAUUACCUCAACUAACCUGUGCCCCCACACAUUGACUCUGUACCGGUACCCGUUGUAUAUCGCCUUCCUACUGUUAUUUUAUUUUACUGCUGCUCUUUAAUUAUUUUUUAUUUUAAUUUUUUACUUGUCAAUUUUUUAUUAACACUUUUUUUUCUUCUUAAAACUGCAUUGUUGGUUAAGGGCUUGUAAGUAAGCAUUUCACACUGUAAGGUGUUCGGCAAAUACAAUUUGAUUUGAUUUACUUUCUCAGUACUCCGUACCAUUGGGCUUGUGUGAUUAGAGUUGGGGGUGUCCCAACUUUUAUUGACAAUUACAUUACGUUUAUGCAAAGAGUCAAUAUUUUCAGUGUUGACCCUUCUUUUUCAAGACCUCUGCAAUCCGCCCUGGCAUGCUGUAAAUUAACUUCUGGGCCACAUCCUGACUGAUGGCAGCCCAUUCUUGCAUAAUCAAUGCUUGGUGUUUAAAAGAAUUUGUGGGUUUUUGUUUGUCCACCCGCCUCUUGAGGAUCGACCACAAGUUCUCAAUGGGAUUAAGGUCUAGGGAGUUUCUUGGCCAUGGAACCAAAAUGUCGAUGUUUUGUUCCCCGAGCCACUUAGUUAUCACUUUUGCCUUAUGGCAAGGUGCUCCAUCAUGCUGGAAAAGGCAUUGUUCGUCACCAAACUGUUCUUGGAUGGUUGGGAGAAGUUGCUCUCGGAGGAUGUGUUGGUACCAUUCUUUAUUCAUGGCUGUGUUCUUAGGCAAAAUUGUGAGUGAGCCCACUCCCUUGGCUGAGAAGCAACCCCACACAUGAAUGGUCUCAGGAUGCUUUACUGUUGGCAUGACACAGGACUGAUGAUAGCGCUCACCUUGUCUUCUCCGGACAAGCUUUUUUCCGGAUGCCCCAAACAAUCGGAAAGGGGAUUCAUCAGAGAAAACGACUUUACCCCAGUCCUCAGCAGUCCAAUCCCUGUACCUUUUGCAGAAUAUCAGUAUGUCCCUGAUGUUUUUUCUGGAGAGAAGUGGCUUCCUCGCUGCCCUUCUUGACACCAGGCCAUCCUCCAAAAGUCUUUGCCUCACUGUGCAUGCAGAUGCAUUCACACCUGCCUGCUGCCAUUCCUGAGCAAGCUCUGCGCUGGUGGUGCCCCGAUCCCGCAGCUGAAUCAACUUUAGGAGAUGGUCCUGGCGCUUGCUGGACUUUCUUGGGCGCCCUGAAGCCUUCUUCACAACAAUUAAACCUCUCUCCUUGACGUUCUUGAUGAUCCGAUAAAUGUUAAAUUUAGGUGCAAUCUUACUAGCAGCAAUAUCCUUGCCUGUGAAGCCCUUUUUGUGCAAAGCAAUGAUGACGGCACGUGUUUCCUUGCAGGUAACCAUGGUUAAUAGAGGAAGAACAAUGAUUUCAAGCACCACCCUCAUUUUAAAGCUUCCAGUCUGUUAUUCUAACUUAAUCAGCAUGACAGAGUGAUCUCCAGCCUUGUCCUCGUCAACACUUCCCCCUUCUGAUAACCAGGUGGCGAAUCGCAUCUCUGCAUGUCUGGCCGACAUAUCAGUAUGGAUGACGGAUCACCACCUCAAGCUGAACCCUGGCAAGACGGAGCUGCUCUUCCUCCCGGGGAAGGACUGCCCGUUCCAUGAUCUCGCCAUCACGGUUGACAACUCCAUUGUGUCCUCCUCCCAGAGUGCGAAGAGCCUUGGCGUGACCCUGGACAACACCCUGUCGUUCUCCGCUAACAUCAAGGCGGUGACCCGAUCCUGCAGGUUCAUGCUCUACAACAUUCGGAGAGUACGACCCUGCCUUACACAGGAAGCGGCACAGGUCGUAAUCCAGGCACUUGUCAUCUCCCGUCUGGAUUACUGCAACUCGCUGUUGGCUGGGCUCCCUGCCUGUGCCAUUAAACCCCUACAACUCAUCCAGAAUGCCGCAGCCCAUCUGGUGUUCAACCUUCCCAAGUUCUCUCACGUCACCCCCCUCCUCCGCACACUCCACUGGCUUCCAGUUGAAGCUCGCAUCCGUUACAAGACCAUGGUGCUUGCCUAUGGAGCAGUGAGGGGAACGGCACCUCCGUACCUUCAGGCUCUGAUCAGUCCCUACACCCAAACGAGGGCAUUGCGUUCAUCCACCUCUGGCCUGCUGGCUCCCCUUCCUCUGCGGAAGCAUAGUUCCCGCUCAGCCCAGUCAAAACUGUUCGCUGCUCUGGCACCCUAAUGGUGGAACAAGCUCCCUCAUGACGCCAGGACAGCGGAGUCACUCACCACCUUCCGGAGACAUUUGAAAUCCCCACCUCUUUAAGGAAUACCUGGGAUAGGAUGAAGUAAUCCUUCUACCCCCCCCCCCCCCCCCCCCCCCCCCCAAAAUAAAAAAAUAAAUAAAAAAAUUAUAAAUAAUAAUAAUAAUAUUUUUUUUGUAAAGUGGUUAACCCACUGGCUAUAGGGUGAAUGCACCAAUUUGUAAGUCGCUCUGGAUAAGAGCGUCUGCUAAAUGACUUAAAUGUAAAAUGUAACACUCUCACCUGUGUUAACGAGAGAAUCACUGACAUGAUGGCAGCUGGUCGUUUUGUGGCAGGGCUGAAAUGCAGUGGAAAUGUUUUUUGGGGAUUAAGUUCAUUUUCAUGGGACUUUGCAAUUAAUUGCAAUUCAUCUGAUCACUCUUCAUUACAUUCUGGAGUAUAUGCAAAUUGCCAUCAUAAAAUCUGAGGCAGCAGACUUAGUGAAAAUUUAUAUUUGUGUCAUUCUCAACUUUUGACCACGACUGUACAGUCCCUUUAUCCCCACCUAAUUGCCAUUUUACAUUCGGGUGUAUACACAAGAUGUUCAAACAGGCUAUGUUCCACUUUUUAAUAACUGUUUCUACCGCGUACUGACUAAUUUAGAUAACUUUGAGUACUUAUAUGUCUGUGUGUGAGCAUGCAUGUGCAUGUCUAUGUGUAGAUAUUAAAUCACACACCAGUUGCAAUAAAUCGGUAUGUGAACCAUUCAAUGUUCUUUCCAGAGCUUGUGAGUGUUUCUUGUGGGCUAACCUGUUGAUGCUGUUCAUAGAUUGGGCGUCUGAGCUCAGAGCAGGGUGAUGGCGCUAUUGGUAUGUUGUUGUUGAAGUGUAUCAGUUGUGUAGUUUCUCAAUGACACACAAACAUCUCAACAUCUGGACUCAAUGAACGAAUAGGCACAUUGAUGAAAAGAGCGAAAUGCAGAGGUGUUCUUUCUGUACAACAACAUCCAACAGAUUGGUCUACUGUAGCACUGUUACCACUGCAGCCCUAUCAUAAUAACCCUGAUUCACAAGCAAUAAAAACCCAAAUGGUAUAACUGUCUUGACGUGAAUACUAACGUUAACAUUACAUUUACCCUAUGUACUGAGAGGUGGUUUAAGAACGAAGUUGAGCAGGUAUGCACAGGUGCCUUCCCAAUUCCCGUAUCACAUGGGUUUGGUUUAUUGGCGUGUGUGUGUGUAUGUCUGUGUGUGAGAGAGAAGGAUAAGUGGUGUGUCUGCGUGUCUGUCUAGUUUGUGAGAUUGCUCGAGGGAGUCUCCAGUUUUUUGGCAACGUUCUUUCUAUGUGUUCUUGUCUCGUGGCAGUAACUACAGUGAGGGGGAAAAAGUAUUUGAUCCCCUGCUGAUUUUGUACGUCUGCCCACUGACUGUCACGAUCGUCGUAAGGAAUAGACCAAGGCGCAGCGUGAUGAACGAACAUGGUUAAACUUUAUUAUCUUUAGUGAUAAUAGAAACAACAAUCAACAAAACAACAAACGACUCGUGAAGUCCACGGUAACAAUGACCAACACGGAACAAGAACCCACAAACACAAAGGGAAAACAGACAGUUUAAAUAUGGCUCCCAAUCAGAGACAACCAACGACAGCUGACACUCGUUGCCUCUGAUUGGGAGUCACUCUGGCCAACAUAGAAAUAAACACAACAGAAAGAACACACCCUGGCUCAACAUAUAGAGUCCCAGAGCCAGGGUGUGACAGUACCCCCCCCUAAAGGCGCGGACUGCGACCGCGCCUCAACUUGAACAAAACAGGGGAGGGCUGGGUGGGCAUUCCUCCUCGGCGGCGGUUCUGGCUCCGGCCUUGCCCACCACCCUCCAAUAAACCCCCCAUAGCGCCCCUGGUCCAGUCUGGCCCCGCUGGCUGGAGCGGAACUGGACGCAGCAGGAGCGGUUAGCUUCAGCUCCGUCGUGGAGCAGUUGACCGGUACCUUACCAGGCACCGGUGACCCAGGCACGAGUUGUGCUGGACUGACGACGCGCACCCCUGGCUUGGUGCGUGGAGGAGGAACGGGCCUUACCAGGCUGACGACGCGCACCCCUGGCUUGGUGCGUGGAGGAGGAACGGGCCUUACCAGGCUGACGACUCGCACCCCUGGCUUAGUGCGAGUAGCAGGAACAGGCCGGGCCGGGCUGGCGACGCGCACCCCUGGCUUGGUGCGUGGAGUAGGAACAGGCCGGACCGGGCUGACGACUCGCACCCCUGGCUUGGUGCGUGGAGUAGGGACAGGCCGGACCGGGCUGGCGACGCACACCGUAGGCUUGGUGCGUGGAGCAGGAACAGGCCGGACCGGGCUGACGACUCGCACCCCUGGCUUGGUGCGUGGAGUAGGGACAGGCCGGACCGGGCUGGCGACGCACACCGUAGGCUUGGUGCGUGGAGCAGGGACAGGCCGGACUGGGCUGGCGACGCACACCGUAGGCUUGGUGCGAGGAGCAGGGACAGGCCGGACCGGGCUGGCGACGCACACCGUAGGCUUGGUGCGUGGAGCAGGGACAGGCCGGACCGGGCUGGCGACGCACACCGUAGGCUUGGUGCGAGGAGCAGGGACAGGCCGGACUGGGCUGGCGACGCACACCGUAGGCUUGGUGCGUGGAGCAGGAACAGGCCGGACCGGGCUGACGACUCGCACCCCUGGCUUGGUGCGUGGAGUAGGGACAGGCCGGACCGGGCUGGCGACGCACACCGUAGGCUUGGUGCGUGGAGCAGGGACAGGCCGGACUGGGCUGGCGACGCACACCGUAGGCUUGGUGCGAGGAGCAGGGACAGGCCGGACCGGGCUGGCGACGCACACCGUAGGCUUGGUGCGUGGAGCAGGGACAGGCCGGACCGGGCUGGCGACGCACACCGUAGGCUUGGUGCGAGGAGCAGGGACAGGCCGGACUGGGCUGGCGACGCACACCGUAGGCUUGGUGCGUGGAGCAGGGACAGGUCGAACCGGGCUGUGGAGACGGAUAGGAGACCUGGAGUGAAGAGCGGCCACAACCCGUCCUGGCUGAAUGCCUACCCUCACACACUCUGUGUGAGGCAUCCGCACAGGACGUACAGGGCUGUGUACCCGUACUGGCAUAACAGCACGUGACACUGGAGCAGGAUAUCCGGGACCGCGGAGAGGCAUUGGAGACCACGAGCGUUGAGCCGGCACACUCCGUCCUGGCUGCAUACCCCCCUUCGCACGAUACGUGCGGGGUGCUCGCACAGGACGUACAGGACUAUGCCGGACCACUCGUGGCACAGUACGCCGCUCCGCAUACCACGGAACCUGCCCCGUCCCAUGCUGCCAUGCCUGAGUACGGGAAGUUGGUUCCGCUCUCCUUCCAGGCUCCGCCAACCUGCCUUCUGGCCCCCCUAACCCGGUGGCCUCCUCUCCAAAUCGCCCUGUGGCAGCCUCCUGCUGCCCAGCCGCCCAUGCCGUGUGCCCCCCCUAAAAAAUGUUUUGGGUUGCCUCUCGUCCGUCCGACGAUGACACUGCUGACGCCGCUGCUCCUCUCUCGCCAGGGCCUUAAUCCUAGCCCAAGGUCCCUUGCCCCCGAGCAUGUCCUCCCAGGACCACGAUUUGCCCACCUGGGCCAUCGCCAACCUCUCCAUCUCCUUUCCCGGUGCUUCCUCCCAUGUCCAGUCCAAGAUCUGCCCCUGGACACGCUGCUUGGUCCUUUUAUGGUGGGUUCUUCUGUCACGAUCGUCGUAGGGAACAGACCAAGGCGCAGCGUGAUGAACGAACAUGGUUAACUUUAUUAUCUUUAGUGAUAAUAGAAACAACAAUCAACAAAACAACAAACGACUCGUGAAGUCCACGGUAACAAUGACCAACACGGAACAAGAACCCACAAACACAAAGGGAAAACAGACAGUUUAAAUAUGGCUCCCAAUCAGAGACAACCAACGACAGCUGACACUCAUUGCCUCUGAUUGGGAGUCACUCUGGCCAACAUAGAAAUAAACACAACAGAAAGAACACACCCUGGCUCAACAUAUAGAGUCCCAGAGCCAGGGUGUGACACUGACAAAGACAUGAUCAGUCUAUAAUUUUAAUGGUAGGUUUAUUUGAACAUUGAAUAACAACAACAUUUUAUAAAUUGAUUUGCAUUUUAAUGAGGGAAAUAAGUAUUUGACCCCUCUGCAAAACAUGACUUAGUACUUGGUGGCAAAACCCUUGUUGGCAAUCACAGAGGUCAGAUGUUUCUUGUAGUUGGCCACCAGGUUUGCAUACAUCUCAGGAGGGAUUUUGUUCCAUUCCUCUUUGCAGAUCUUCUCCAAGUCAUUACGGUUUCGAGGCUGACGUUUGGCAACUCGAACCUUCAGCUCCCUCCACAGAUUUUCUAUGGGAUUAAGGUCUGGAGACUGGCUAGGCCACUCCAGGACCUUAAUGUGCUUCUUCUUGAGCCACUCCUUUGUUGCCUUGGCCGUGUGUUUUGGGUCAUUGUCAUGCUGGAAUACCCAUCCAUAACCCAUUUUCAAUGCCCUGGCUGAGGGAAGGAGGUUCUCACCCAAGAUUUGACGGUACAUGGCCCCGUCCAUCGUCCCUUUGAUGCGGUGAAGUUGUCCUGUCCCCUUAGCAGAAAAACACGCCCAAAGCAUAAUGUUUCCACCUCCAUGUUUGAUGGUGGGGGUGGUGUUCUUGGGGUCAUAGGCAGCAUUCCUCUUCCUCCAAACACGGCGAGUUGAGUUGAUGCCAAAGAGCUCGAUUUUGGUCUCAUCUGACCACAACACUUUCACCCAGUUCUCCUCUGAAUCAUUCAGAUGUUCAUUGGCAAACUUCAGACAGGCCUGUAUAUGUGCUUUCUUGAGCAGGGGGACCUUGCAGGCGCUGCAGGAUUUCAGUCCUUCACGGCGUAGUGUGUUACGGUGACUAUGGUCCCAGCUGCCUUGAGAUCAUUGACAAGAUCCUCCCGUGUAGUUCUGGGCUGAUUCCUCACCAUUCUCAUGAUCAUUGCAAUUCCACAAGGUGAUAUCUUGCAUGGAGCCCCAGGCCAAGGGAGACUGACAGUUAUUUUGUGUUUCUUCCAUUUGCGAAUAAUCGCACCAACUGUUGUCACCUUCUCACCAAGCUGCUUGGCGAUGGUCUUGUAGCCCAUUUCAGCGUUGUGUAGGUCUACAAUCUUGUCCCUGACAACCUUGGAGAGCUCUUUGGUCUUGGCCAUGGUGGAGAGUUUGGAAUCUGAUUGAUUGAUUGCUUCUGUGGAUAGGUGUCUUUUAUACAGGUAACAAACUGAGAUUAGGAGCACUCCCUUUAAGAUUGUGCUCCUAAUCUCAGCUCGUUACCUGUAUAAAAGACACCUGGGAGCCAGAAAUCUUUCUGAUUGAGAGGGGGUCAAAUACUUAUUUCCCUCAUUAAAAUGCAAAUCAAUUUAUAACAGUUUUGACAUGCGUUUUUCUGGAUUUUUUUGUUGUUAUUCUGUCUCUCACUGUUCAAAUAAACCUACCAUUAAAAUUAUAGACUGAUCAUUUCUUUGUCAGUGGGCAAACGUACAUAAUUAGCAGGGGAUCAAAUACUUUUUUCCCUCUGUAUCUCUCCCUGUCUCUCUCACUUAUCUAAGAAAUAUUGUUUGAAGGGCUGGCUAAUAAUGUUUUGCACAAUGAAACGAGUAGACUGACACAUUGUCAUGUACACCACACAAACCAAGACAGGGGGUAUCAGGUUAUGGUGUAUGGCAGGGGUUCCCCAAAAACAUUUAUUGAGCGGAUGGCCGGAACAUAGCAAUAAAUAAUUUGUACACUGCAAAUUGACCUCAAGAAGCCCAAACAGAUAUCGAAUUUGACAAAAACAGAAUAGUUUCAAACCUUGAUAACAUUGGGAUAAGUUCACAUGCGUGGGAAUAGUUGGGAAUAGGGUUGGGCGGUAUACCGUAUCCAGUGGAGACUCCUCAGAGGAGGAAGGGGAGGACCAUCCUCCUCAGUGAAUUGCAUAAAAAAUUAAAAUAGUGAAACAUUAAAAAAGUUUUCCUUUUUAGAUAAAACUAUACUAAAUAUAUUCACGUCACCAAAUAAUUGAUUAAAACACACUGUUUUGCAAUGAAGGUCUACAGCAGCCUCAGCAGCACUCUAUAGGGUAGCACCAUGGUGUAGCCGGAGGACAGCUAGCUCCUCUGAGUACAUUGACUUCAAUACAAAACCUAGGAGGCUCAUGGUUCUCACUUCCCUUCCAUAGACUUACACAGUAAUUAUGACAACUUCCAGAGGACGUCCUCCAACCUAUCAGAGCUCUUGCAGCAUGAACUGACAUGUUGUCCACCCAAUCAAAGGAUCAGAGAAUGAAUCUAGUACUGAAAGCAUAAGCUACAGCUAGCUAGCACUGCAGGACAUAACAUGUGGUGAGUAGUUGACUCAAAGAGAGAGAAAGACAAUAGUUGAACAGUUUUGAACAAAUACAUUUCUUCAAAAAGGAAGGAGAAGCAAGAGAGAGAGAGCUAAUAUGGUGACAACGAUGUAGGCUGUGUGUAGCGGUUAUGAUAUGAAGGUUUGGCUUGGAAACGUUUUUUUGCCUGGUCACAGACAGCUGAUGUGUUGUGCACUGAAGUCCUCAAGCAAAGGGAAAAGAUGAGAGGAGGAGCGCACGUAGAUGCAAGAAGGAGUUAUCCAAUGAUCAAAGGGAUCAUGCUGUUUAUAUGUCGCUGCUAUGAAAGUGAACUGUUAUCGCAUGUGUACAGGGGUACAUUCAUUCCGCCGACUCUGUUGAAAAACGUUUCUUAAACGGAAUCAAACGGAACUAAAUGGAAAUAAACAUACCUGAAUUUGUCCAAUAGAAACUCUCAUUUGCAACUGUUGGACUAAUGAUUACACCCUAGAUCAGCUAGAUCCAGGCAAGAUUGUGCAAGGUGAUAUUGAAUGUGUCAAUGUCUGUCACCUUAAUUACAAAAAUGUAUCUUGACUUGUGCACCUACAUUGUAAACUUUCAUUCAUAGGCUAGGUUGUAGCAACCUCAUGAUUGGUAUAAGGAAAAUUAGAGUGUCAUGGAGUAGCCUAAACUUAUCGAUGUUACAUUGAGCUGGGUGAAUGGAAUAUGAAUGACAGUCAUCCAAUAUGCUGUAAUAGAAAUAAGGCCAUGCUCAUAAAAAAAUAUAUUGUUCUCCCUCAUCUUAAACGGCACCGAACGCCACUGAUAUAUACUGUAUUCCGGGGUAUUUGGAAAUAUCCACGGGUUGGUUUUCAUAUACCGUCAAUACCGUUGAAACUAUUUAUUUGAGGUUUUUGAAUAUUUGUAGCUACUUUUUAAGUAAAUACCUGCAGUCAACUCGUGCAGUAUGUUAGGAGAUAAAGCAGAUUGCGUUCUUCAUUUCGCCUGCCAAAUUAUUUUUCAUUAUGAAGCAUACUGUAGUUCCCCAGAACAGCAGGCAGUCACGUGUUCAUUGUAAAGUACCCAGUGGGAGAAAGGGGGCGCUGGUGUGUCCAUAGCGUUCUAUAUCUAUCGGUGAGUCCCUCUCUGUUGUGCGGCGCAUAUGAGGUAACAUUACAUUUGUAUGCAAUUCACUACUAAAUGUUUGCCAUCAUAUAUCUUAUAACUGUCUAAGAUAUGCUCUACUCUCCCAUGGGACGAAUUUGGCCUGCGGGGCGCCUAUUGGGGAACCCUAGUGUACGGUGUGAACCAACUGUUUAUCAUCUACUGUAUCUCUCAACACCUCUGGACGAAUGUAAGUGCACAUUAUUGUGAGAAAAUAAUUGAUUAGAAUGUGGGAGAGGAGAGGCAGGAUGACAGCGUCAGAGGAAAGGAAAGUGGAGACAGUGACUACAUGGAGAGGGAAAGGAAAGGGUGAGGCACACUUCCUGUAUCUGUUUCCUUCCUCUCAUCUCUAAAAAGAGACACCACAAUGAGCAGUAGUGUGACACACACACAACACAAUCUCAGAUACUACUUACAUGAAUAGACACACCAAUACUAAUGUGCAAAGAAAUGUUUGGCUUUUUUAUGGUUUGUUGAAUGUACUUUGAGAUAUUCUGAAUUCACCAAAUGACUUGUGAUAGUUUGGGUCGCGUGUGUCUGUAGUCCCACUCCCAGCAGGAGCUGUAGUUCUGCUGUAUGGGGUUUGGACCCAGGGCCUGGGCUGUUUCUUCUGGACCGGAGGAGAACUUAGCCCCUGUUCCCCUCCCUCUAACUAGAGCUGUGGCAGUCAUUACAUUUUGUCAGCCAGUGAUCGUCAAGCAAAUAACUGCCGGUCUCACGGUAAUUUACUGUUAAUUAACAUAAACACGUUUAGCAUCUCCUGGCUUCCACGCAUAGCCUACAAGCCACUGAUGCAGACCUUUGGAACAUCUACAUAAAAAAAUUAUAAUAAAUCCUUGUACAAUACAAACAAUACAAACGUUGGGCUAUAUGUUUUGAUUUUGAAUACAUUCUAAGGCUGCAUGAUGCGACUCUAAUGAUGAUUUGAAAAAAGUUGCAUCAAAGGCAUGAACUCUGCUUUGUUUCUUGUGCAGACUGCACAUCAAUCUCUCAUUCACAAUUUGACAAGCACUUGAUAAUAUUCUCAACAGGCCUCGAAUUUCCCGGUGGCAUUCCCCUUUUGUGGCCGCAAUGCCUCCUAAAAAAUCCAUGCCUUUUGCAGCCACAGUGGCCGUUGUGCCCUUGGGCUGAAUAUAAUAAUUAUAAUUCCAUUCUCCCGGCUGCCAUGCUCUGAAGAACCUCUCACUCACAUGGCUCUCUCAGAUAUCUAAAUGUUUAUUAGCCAAUGCCCGUCACAUGAUCGGGUCCUUCUCACAGGCAUCUCAGCUAAGAAGUAGGCUACAAGUGAAGACAGACACAUCGGGGACGCAACAGCUCCCGUACAUCUUAUUGAAUUCCGUGGCGCAUAUUGAAGAUGUUAGAACUGUCCACAUUUAGCCUACAUUUCAUCAGCCAACAAGAUACAAGCGUAAGCCUAAUGAACAGCAAAAGCACUAGCCUAUUUCAAUCUACUAUCCCCUAUAGUACAAAAGUUGACCUAUUCUAUUGGUCAACUUGUCCUUCUGUGCAAUAAAUAAAUAUUCAAAACAUACUCUGGGACAGUUGUGGGAUGCAAUAGAUCCCAAAUUAAUACAACCACUCUCAUCAAAUAAACUUUUAAAAGCAAUGAGGCUGACGCAACAGAUCAGAACGUUUAGCUUAAAAUAUUGAUAAACUAUUAGGCUAUUUCUUAACAAUAUAAGCGCAGCAAUGCGCACACGGCAGUAGGCUAUAAGGGCAAAUGUUCCUAAAUGCAAUCAAUUAGCGGGAAAACAUUGUUCUCAAAAGUGACCGCAAAUGUGAUUAUGCAUGUAGUGCGUUAUUAUAAAGGAAAAGGAUCUUCCCCAAACUUGAAACUCAGGCGCCGCCUAUGUAUGCCAGUUAUUCUCUACACCGGUUGUAAAGCGGAUUAAUGUGCUUAAUUUUAAUGGGCUAGGCUACAUGAGGUGUGCGACUAUGAUUAGAAAAGUCGCAAAAAAAGGCAUGUACUGUUUCUUGCCUUACUGCACACGCAGGGCAUCCUUCACAAGUGAUAAUAAAUCAUUCACAAGUGAUAGGCUAAUAUUGUCACCAUCAGACUAUUCUUAAUUUAAUAUUGUCUUUACAUAUACUAAAUAAUAUAUGUGUGAAAUUAGUUUUGAUUUAGAAUGGACGAUUAUCAUGCACCUGUCUCGGAACAGGGGCAUGGGGGGGAAAAAUACAUGUAAUCUAUGAAGGACGCUUUUCCCGUGGUUCAUUUUCAUGCCAGCCAGGUAGGCUAUGCUAUAUGCUGUUGUAUUAGGAAAGUUGAUAUAAAGUUAAUAUUAGGAAAGUUGAUCAAUAAAUAUAGAAGGCCUAGCCUAUAGAAAGCUGAUGGGAUCCUCCUCUUUUUAAUAGAGGCCAUCAAAACUCUCACACAAUUGCAUAGCCUAUAGAAAUGUUGCGCAACAUGAGCUCAUGGGCUCUCAUUAAGGGUUUUGAUUUGAUUUUCAAAAACAUUUGCGUUGAUGUCAGAGUGAUUAGAGGGACAAUAGAGUGCUGAGUACCAGGCAGUUAACAAGUUUGAUAGGCUACUAAUGACCAACCGCAGCAUCAGAGCUUGGAGAAGCCAAGUUACGUGACUAAAUGGUCACGUGAAAUUUGACUGCGGUCAUGACUCAUGACCGCCGGUGUGGCGGUAGUACGGUCACCAUAAUAGCCCUACCGCUAACCCCCUGCCACAUAUCAGCGAGCAGUCAGCACCUAAUCCGCUCGUCCGCUCGCUCCACACACACAAAGCUGGGUAAUGGACCAGGCGGCUAUGCAAGCAUACACACAGACCUUUGACAUGCAUAUUGGGCGGCAGGUAGCUUAGUGGGUAAGAGCGUUGUGCCAGUAACCGAAAGGUCGCUGGUUCUAAUCCCCGAGCCGACUAGGUGAAAAAAUCUGUCGAUGUGCCCUUGAGCAAGGCACUUAACCCUAAUUGCUCCUGUAAGUCGCUCUGGAUAAGAGCGUCUGCUAAAUGACGUAAAUGUAAAUGUAAUAGGAAUACAGUCACAACAUAAUGUAUGUGUGUACACAUAAACAUACACAACCCUAUUAACACACCCUGUUACACAGUCAUGCACAUUAUUUACACGCAUGUACUCACAGAUGGCAUCACACCCAUGGAUUAUGAGCAAGACCACUCUCACAUACAGUACCCUGAUGUGGAUUUGAACCAAUGCAAUCCUACUUCUCUGUCAAUCAUGGAAUCAAACUGCAGUUGUGCAAAUUGAGGGGGGAGAGGAUUUUUCCAUGUAUUUCUCUGGAUCUCUGUGAAUUUAUUUUGCUUCCCAGAGAAUAAUCUAUUGCGAAAGAUCACUCCACUCACAUCCUAUGCAAUAAAUGACAGUAGAGAUUGACCUCUCAGGGAUUAACCUCUCACAAUCCAUACUGCUUUUGAUUAAAGUGGAAUGACCACUUGACACAUGUGACCAUUUCUCCUCACACUCACUAACUGUCGUGAAAUAAAUAAAUGCUGUAUUUGUUGAUCAUUUUAUUGUCAUUGUUUGUGAUGCAUGAAUGAUGUUAACAUACUGGGUGUCUAAUGUCAUGUUGUUGUAUGUUGUGAUUUCAGGAGGAGACGGAAGACCCAGACCGGGGACAACCAUGUAUAAGAUGUGGAGACCAGUGUCCUGGCUUUCGCAUGCAUGGCUGGAGGUAGGCCUCUCAUACACCCAUCACAUACUCCUCACCUCCUCACAGGAACAUAGACACUGUUUCCAAGAUGUUUCAUGUGAUUACAUUUGCAUUUACAUUUAAAUCAUUUAGCAGACGCUCCUAUCCAGAGCGACUUACAAAUUGGUGCAUUCAAUUUAGGAUAGCCAGUGGGACAACCACCACUGGGGGAGGGGGGGUGUAGAAGGAUUACUGUUAUACUAUUCCAGGUAUUCAUAACUCAUAAGUAGGAUAGGUAUGAUCACAGUCUAGUGCAGGCAGUGCCCUCUUGUGUGUCACUAUUUGGUUGUGACUUACUUAUUGAGGAAGAGUCAUAUAGCUAACUUCCAGUCUUUAUUGGGUGAUUUGAGGUGAUUGCUGACAACAAUAGGGUUUCUCUGUGUGUUUGUAUGUUAGAGUGGAGAGCUGAUUAACCAAACUGUGUCCAUGUUGAGAGUAGGUCUAUGUAUUGACUCAAACAAACAUUAUCCACACACAACGCAUUUACCACAUCCAGAGCAGAUAAAGCAUCCAGCAAUGUGAAUGAAAAGGUCAUAGAGAAUCGAGGCAAAAAAUAAAGUGAGAGCAGCUGCACUUUGUGUGAGUGGACGUUAUCCACACACAACACACACAACCUCUGAGGGCAAGGGAUUACCAUUAGACAUGCUAGCUGCAUGUGGUUUAGCACGUUUUAAACUUUUGAAAGGGUUCAUAGCAGAGACCUAAAACAUACUAUGGAUGGAGGGAGCUCUCUGAUUAUAUAUGGAGCCUAUAUAGUGUAUCACUGUAUCUCAUUUCAUUGAAUAAAAUAUGAUACAUUUGGAAUGGAAAUGGCCGAGAUUAAAAGAGACCAUUUGGCUAAACUAAAUAAAUCUUGACUUGGUCUUACUACCAGAGAGUAGGAAAUAGCUGAGUGUUGAACUGGAACAAACUCUACAGGACACAAGGGGAAUUCCACCAGGCUCAGAGGUGUGAGCCUCUGUCUGCCGGUGUGUCACACAUUUUAAAAUAAUCUACCCUACAUAUUUAUUUGGACAGUGAAGUUCAAGCUUUUAAUUUGGCUCUAUACACCAGUAUUUUGGUACAGAAUGUCACCUUUUAUUUUAUUUGACCAUUUAGAAAUGAAAGCACUUCAUGUAUCUAGUCUCCCCAUUUGAAGUUGUCAUAAGUAUUUAGACAAAUUCACUUAUAGUGUAUUCAAUUUAGUCAAAAGUUUAGUUUUUGGUCCCGUAUUCCUAGCACGUAAUGACUACAUCAAGCUUGUGACUCUAAAAAUAUGUUGGAUGCAUUUGCAGUUGGUUUUGGUACGGUUUUGGAUUAUGUUGUGCCCAAUAGAAAUGAAUGGUAAAUAAUGUACUAUUUACAGGGGAGGUUAGGAUUUUCUUGGGGGUAUGAUAUUUAUGCAUCUGUAACUUUCUCACUCAUCAUUAUUCACGAUUCAUUCAUGAUUAUCCGUAAUCAUCGUAGCAUCCACAUGAAUGUAGAAGUGUUCAGAAAUAUAUUACAUUUAUAUUACAUUACAUAUUCUAUUCUUAUGACACAUUGUAUUAUGUAGCAUUAAGAUUUCCCUUCACUGGAACUAAGGGGCCUAGUCCGAACCAUGAAAAACAGCCCCAGACUAUUAUUCCUCCUCCACCAAACUUUACAGUUGGCACUAUGCAUUGGGGCAGGUAGCGUUCUCCUGGAAUCCGCCAAACCCAGAUUUGUCCGUCGGACUGCCAGAUGUUGAAGCGUUAUUCAUCACUCCAGAGAACACGUUUCCACUGUUCCAGAGUCUAAUGGCGGCAAGCUUUACACCACUCCAGCCGACGCUUGUCAUUGCGCAUGGUGAUCUUAGGCUUGUGUGCGGCUGCUCGGCCAUGGAAAUUCAUUUCCUGAAGCGCCCAACAAACAGUUAUUGUGCUGACGUUGCUUCCAGAGGCAUUUUGGAACUCGGUAGUGAGUGUUGCAACCGACUAUUUUUACGCGCUACACGCUUCAGCACUCGCCGGUCCCGUUCUGUGAGCUUGUGUGGCCGACCACUUCGCGGUUGAGCUGUUGUUGCUCCUAGACGUUUCCACAUCACAAUAACAGCACUUACAGUUGACCGGGCAACUCUAGCAGGGCAGAAAUUGGACGAACUGACUUGUUGGAAAGGUGGCAUCUCUAGCAGGGCAGAAAUUUGACGAACUGACUUGUUGGAAAGAUGGCAUCCUAUGACGGUGCCACAUUGAAAGUCACUGAGCUCUUCAGUACGGGCCAUUCUACUGCCAAUGUUUGUCUAUGGAGAUUGCAUGCCUGUGUGCUCGAUUUUAUACACCGGUCAGCAACGGGUGUGGCUGAAGUAGCCAAAUCCACUAAUUUGAAGGGGUGUCCACAUACUGUAUAAAAACACACUCAAAUAAAAGGUGAGAUUCUGUACUGUCGCCUCAUAUAAAACAUUUGAUCUCAAAUCCAAAUUGCUGAAGUAUAGAGACAAAUUAAAAGUUGUAGCUUCACUGUCCAAAUAAAUACUGGUGUCUGAGUGUCUAUGAGUGUCUGUCUGUUGGUGUUUUUCAACCACCAAUGGUCAUUUAGGUGUCCAGUCAGUGUCCUCGUGUCUUUCUGAGCAGCAACUAGUUUUCCUCUCCUCUUUUUUCUGUGUUGUGCAGUCCUCCUGUAUGAAUCCUCUCCCCUCCCUCCCUCUUCCCUCCUCCCCUCCCCCCUCCCCUCCUCAGUGUGUCCAGCCCAUUGGGUCUCUUGGUUAGUGCUAAUCCUGUCCUUCACCCUAAUAAGAUUAGCCCUUUCAGCUCCUGCUACUGCCGCCACCGCUGUGAUGAAGCCCUAACCUUCUCGCCCUCCUUCAUCCCUCGCUCACUCUCCGUCCUUCUCCCCAUCCCUUUCUGACUUUUCACUGUCCUCAUACAGUUAAUAAGCACUUUGAGGAAGGGCAGUUUUUUGAAUAUUUUUGUAGACAUACUGUACAUUCGCACAAGGCUUGAAGUUAACACAGCUUGCACUUCUGACUAUUUUCUGAAGUGCUCCCUUUAUGAGUUGUUUUAGUGAAUGGAGACAAUAGCCACAUUUCAUGGUAGGUUUGACAGAGAGAAAGAGAGUUCUGGGUAAAAUAAUGUAGCAUACACAAACACACAUUGGGCCUUCAGAAAACAAGCCAACCCUGGCUGGCAGAUUGAACUAAUAAAGCGUCAAAUAGAAGAAACACCGACUAGGCUAUACAAUGGAAUAAAGGCUGCAAGGAGGGUAUUCAUUUCUAUCAAAUUAUUCUAAUUGAGUGCUUGCUUCCUUGGUUAGUCUGUCCCUGUGUUAAGGUCAAGUCAACAGGCUUUGAGGACAAACAGUCCUUCAUCUAAAGCACAUGGUGACUCUACUGUACUUUAUACUGGCAUGCUAAAAACACAGACAAACCAGAUAUGAAACUGCCACUGUCAUCAUAUCAUUAAUGUGUUUACCAUACAUGUUAAUCUGUGAAUCACAGUUAUGGUGAAGUUAUUGGCGAAGUUAUUGGCGAAGUUAUUGGUGAAGUUAUUGAAAGACAUUUGAGCAGAAUAGAGAGGGUACUUGGUUUGAGGUCUGGUGACAGGGAGUUUUUGUUUAAUGUUCCAGUCUGAUAUCAGGGCAAGAAUAAUGAGAGCUGUUUAAUCCUUUUAAGCAGGAGGCGUCAGAACCACAGUUACUGCCCAGUUACCACAGGGCAGAAUGAUUAAAUGAUUGAGAUGUAUGGGGGUCGCUGCUUAACAUCUUAAAGACUCCAGAGUCCAGGACAAAUGACAUCUCCUUUAUUAACCCAUUCACAGUAACACCUACCCCCAUUUCCCCCCUUGGAGGACAAACAGGCAAGUGACCAAAGAGCUCAGCUGUUUAACCACACUGUCAGGGCAGUGAUCCAUCUUCGAUCUGCUCUCUCCCAGACAGGGCCGGGGCUGAGGCCUCAUAGGCAGAGUGCAGAUGGCUCCACUACCCCAUCCACCAGAGGAGGAAUUAAGUUACUUGUGACCCCAUAUGUCCCAGUCAGUGACACUGAGACACAGAGUGCUCAAAGCCAGCCUCCCCUAUUAGUUGGGAAGAGCAGGCAGGUGGCAUGGCGAUUACUCAGGCACUAAUUAGUGACCACAGAGCGAGCAUUCUGGGACAGUGUCCAUCUGUUUCUCAGAGGGAUGGAUGGAUGGAUCUAAUCUGGACUCAGAGCACUAUCAGGCCACAGAGAGAGACAAUGUAGCUACUCAGUUUAAUUCACAGCUAAUCACACCAAGAGCAGAGUACACACACACACACAUUCAUCCCAAGAGGGUUAUCGAUCACUGUAUUGUACAAACUGGUUGGUAGAUUACCCAUUUGACAAAUGUAUGGCCAAAACGAAUGGGAUGGAUUGACUGGCUAAUGAUACAUCAAAAAAUUCAGACUUUUGACUUUGUUCUAAGUUGUGAUUGUAUGGAAGAGUGAGUAUCUUAUUACUUAUCUUGUCAGGGUUGAUGGCACACUUGUUGAUGUUUGAACAGUUAAAUAGUUAUUCUAGGCGAGAGUGAGAGAAACCGUAAAAGGGUCAUGAACAGAGAAAGAUAAAAGAGAGAUUGACAAGCGAGGCAAUUUAACAUAGAUCUAAGGACAAAGGGCCUUUUUGGUGGGACCUGUUGAUUGACAGGUCAUCCUGGAGUGAUUGACAGCGAGGUCAGAUGAGCUGUUAUGAUUUUGGACUUCUUAGAGGCCCAUAGCCAGGCCAUGAUGUUCUCUGAAAUGUCAUCCUUUAAUUGGUCAGAAGGGCUUGAUGUCCAAACAUAGGCUUUUUUUUAUCUGUGCUGCAUUGCUCAUCUUGAUUAGACUUGUCAAAACUUGGAAUGAUUCAUUCCCAAAUGAAGUUGAGUCAUAGAAUCUGCUCCAAUUAUUUCAAACAUUGAAGCUGUCGGCAUUGGUGUGUCUAAGUGUGUAUGUGUGUUCUGAAAAAGGGUGAGGUCAAAUUUACCUAUUAUACGCUUUUUAGAAGUGUGGAGAAAACAUGCAGUGAAUGGAAAGAAUGGAGUGUGUGUGUGUCCAGUGGCUUAUUGUUUGGUCAACUCUAUCAGAUGGGGGUAGAGGGAUGGUGUGGGGGAAGGAAGGAGUGAGACAUUGAAAAGAGACACUCAGAGAGAGAAAACACAUUUCCCAUGGUAAGGAGCUGCCUCAGCUUGACCUCAGCUCUGACAAGGCAUACAGACAGACAGACAGACAGGCAGGCAGGCAGACAGACAGGCAGGCAGGCAGGCAGACAGGCAGCAGCACAAUGUGACUGAUUCUGAGAUAGGAGGAUGUUACAGAGUCAGCAUGGAUUUAUUUGUGACGUUGAUGACGAAAGGUAAAGGUCUUGGCUAUUUACUGCUUUACUUUUUUGUUUUGGUGUAUGUAGCCACUAAUUGGAAGGCUAAACACUCAUAGAAUAGAAAUAAAAAGUAAUUGUGUGUACUUGAAUGCGUUAGCUCACAACGGAUAGUGGGAAGUGGAUAGUGGGGGCACAUAGCCCCUACUCUCCAGAGGGGGAAGGUUUAGAAUUUAGAUUGAGCCUGUUAACACUGCUAGCAAAUUUGAAAACAGGACCGCUAAUGAUUGUAAUUUGGGUUGUGGCAUUCCAAAAGUGAAAACGAGCAGAGAGAGAGUUAUGUCUGCUCUCCUUCAAGAGGGCUAGUAGAGAAAAUGGAAGUUAUUCAGGAUUAUGUGUCAGGAUUAUUUGGUCCUGCUGUGCAGUAUGUACAGUGCACUAAUGGAAGUUACAGAGUCUCCAUGCUGGCCCAGUUCACACUGUUUUACUCUGUAAAGUCACAGAAGUUAUUCAGUAUGUUUAGUGGUUAAGACCAGAUUAGAGUACCACAAGCUAAUAGGUAUUUUAUUAUAAUUAUAAUUUAGUAUACAUGUGCUUCUUAAACCAUUUUUGGGGGGGAUAAAAGAAGGAUAUACUGUAUUGAUUAUUCAAAUAUACUACUAGUGAACUACGCUAAACCCAUCAGUGCCGUGUGAAAAGACCAGAGAGGUCAUAGUAAACAUUUAGGCCAUGUGGCAGAGCAUUGAUUUCUGACCUCAGGAGAAUCACAGAGAAGCAGGCUACACUACUUUACUGUAUCCUUCUGCCUAGCAGUCAGUCAUGGACGGGAUUAUCCACAACCAGAGUCACUGCUUACACAUCAACACAAAGAAAGAUGCCUCAACAACAACAACUGUUACAGCCACAGUGCGCUGACGCCCAGCAGGUUGUGAUGUAACCUGAGAAUCGGAGGCGUAACACGGAUUACAGGCGAAACAGAUCACAUCAGCAUCUGUUCUGGGACCACAGUAGCGCUGCUGGUCAUUUCAGAGGGUGCUCGGUAGCAGUGGCUGGGUGUGGCUGUGGUGGCUGAGUGUGCCAUCCUGGCAUUUGAGCUAAAUAUACUCUAAAUGGCUAGCUAGAUGUCUUUCCAGGCUGGCAAAGAGAUACAAGUGGGUUAAUAACACUCAAGCCCAUUUGCAAGCACAGUCCUACACAUCAUUUAAAAUGAAUUGCUCUGGUGCAAUAACGUUUCAUGUUGGACUUGGCAACUAUACUCUGGACAACUCUUUGCUGAUUAUUUUCCUGAUAAACCUCCCUGUUAUUUUGAGGAGUUUAUGGGUGGCUGGAUAACAUUCCCUGGUACAUCAGUAGUGGUUUUAUUAAUGCCUGAAUGUUGCGGGCCUACUGUACGACACGCACACACACACACACACACACGUGACUCUGUGUUGUACUGUGUCUCUCACAUGCACACACGUACAGUGUACACAGGCUCUGAGAACAAACAGCUGGGGCUAGAUUGUGGCUUGUGAGUCUUUCCAGCAUGGCUUACCCUGAGGUGACCUGCUAUGUUUACCAUGAUUUAUACUGGACCUGCUGCACUACAACAUGGCCUUAUAAGGAGCUAAGGCAGCUAGGGAUAGAAGCGAUCCGCAGGAGAGCUGUUCAGUUUAAUAUUUUAUUGGGAAGGGAAUAGUAGUAAGGAUGGGAUGGGAGACUUUGGAACAGGGGAUAGAAAGGGAAUGCCAUUUAUCCACACGAAAGGAUUGGUCUCUGGUCGGAGUGUGUGUGUGUUUUAAGGGGGAUGUCUACGCAAAGCGGCUUUAUCCUCCAUCUGUUCCCGAGGAGCAGGCCUUGAGCUGCAAAUACCAGCUGAGGGCCUGUUAUGCAAUCACACAAGAGCCAGAGAGAUACUGUAUAUACAGGAGCCCACACACUGAUGCAUCCACACACGUAAUGCCUACACAUACAGUGGGGAAAAAAAGUAUUUAGUCAGCCACCAAUUGUGCAAGUUCUCCCACUUAAAAAGAUGAGAGAGGCCUGUAAUUUUCAUCAUAGGUACACGUCAACUAUGACAGACAAAAUGAGAAAAAAAAUUCCAGAAAAUCACAUUGUAGGAUUUUUAAUGAAUUUAUUGGCAUAUGAUGGUGGAAAAUAAGUAUUUGGUCAAUAACAAAAGUUUCUCAAUACUUUGUUAUAUACCCUUUGUUGGCAAUGACACAGGUCAAACGUUUUCUGUAAGUCUUCACAAGGUUUUCACACACUGUUGCUGGUAUUUUGGCCCAUUCCUCCAUGCAGAUCUCCUCUAGAGCAGUGAUGUUUUGGGGCUGUCGCUGGGCAACACAGACUUUCAACUCCCUCCAAAGAUUUUCUAUGGGGUUGAGAUCUGGAGACUGGCUAGGCCACUCCAGGACCUUGAAAUGCUUCUUACGAAGCCACUCCUUCGUUGCCCGGGCGGUGUGUUUGGGAUCAUUGUCAUGCUGAAAGACCCAGCCAUGUUUCAUCUUCAAUGCCCUUGCUGAUGGAAGGAGGGUUUCACUCAAAAUCUCACGAUACAUGGCCCCAUUCAUUCUUUCCUUUACACGGAUCAGUCGUCCUGGUCCCUUUGCAGAAAAACAGCCCCAAAGCAUGAUGUUUCCAACCCCAUGCUUCACAGUAGGUAUGGUGUUCUUUGGAUGCAACUCAGCAUUCUUUGUCCUCCAAACAUGACGAGUUGAGUUUUUACCAAAAAGUUAUAUUUUGGUUUCAUCUGACCAUAUGACAUUCUCCCAAUCCUCUUCUGGAUCAUCCAAAUGCACUUCAGACGGGCCUGGACAUGUACUGGCUUAAGCAGGGGGACACAUCUCGCACUGCAGGAUUUGAGUCCCUGGCGGCGUAGUGUGUUACUGAUGGUUGGCUUUGUUACUUUGGUCCCAGCUCUCUGCAGGUCAUUCACUAGGUCCCCCCAUGUGGUUCUGGGAUUUUUGCUCACCGUUCUUGUGAUCAUUUUGACCCCACGGGGUGAGAUCUUGCGUGGAGCCCCAGAUCGAGGGAGAUUAUCAGUGGUCUUGUAUGUCUUCCAUUUCCUAAUAAUUGCUCCCACAGUUGAUUUCUUCAAACCAAGCUGCUUACCUAUUGCAGAUUCAGUCUUCCCAGCCUGGUGCAGGUCUACAAUUUUGUUUUUGGUGUCCUUUGACAGCUCUUUGGUCUUGGCCAUUGUGAAGUUUGGAGUGUGACUGUUUGAGGUUGUGGACAGGUGUAUUUUAUACUGAUAACAAGUUCAAACAGGUGCCAUUAAUACAGGUAACGAGUGGAGGACAGAGGAGCCUCUGAAAGAAGAAGUUACAGGUCUGUGAGAGCCAGAAAUAUUGCUUGUUUGUAGGUGACCAAAUACUUAUUUUCCACCAUAAUUUGCAAAUAAAUUCAUUAAAAUUCCUACAAUGGGAUUUUCUGGAUUUUUUUCCUCAAUUUGUCUGUCAUAGUUGACGUGUACCUAUGAUGAAAAUUACAGGCCUCUCUCAUCUUUUUAAGUGGGAGAACUUGCACAAUUGGUGGCUGACUAAAUACUUUUUUUCCCCACUGUACAUGAACACAUACUGUACAAACCCUUUCUCACACUGCCACAGUCAGUCCCACAUACAGACAGCCCCAAUUACUCUGAGGAAAGAUAUGACAGCCCAGAUGGGGUGAGAAGGGGGAGGAUUACUCCCCCCAUCUCCAUCUUCUCUUCCUCCUCCUGUUAAUAACCACUGUGGGACAGGGGAGAACGACUGCCCCCUCUCAUUGUAGCCACGGAAGUUCAAGGCUGACCCCAGCACUGCAGGCGUUGUUAGUAGAAAACAGGAUCCCCCAUUAUAGUGAAUGGAAAAAUUGCUAUAUUUGUGGUCAACCUUUGUGUAAAUAAAUAUAAAAACAUCAAAGACAAUCAUGGUACCAAUAAUUGCUUCUAGUACACCAGAUGUAUGUCAUUGAACCCAUUAUUUUAAAAUCGCACACAGAAUAAGUUAUAAGGAUAAUUUAGUUACUAAUGGCAACCUGCAGUACCCCGGUCGGCCUUCAACUUGAGUUACUCAAUGAGAGGGGGCAACACGUAUAUAGCCUGCAGCGUCACUUUCUGGAGUAGGUCAAACUGCGCAUGUUAUGUCUCCAUAAGACGCCAUUUUAGCAAGCUAAAAACGUCUUCCUGGGCUUCAAAUGAGCUACUGAGUCUUCACUAGGGCUGUUACGGUGACCAUAUUACCGCCACACCGGCGGUCACGAGUCAUGACUGCUGUCAAAUUCCACGUGACCAUUUAGUCACGGUAAUUAGGCUUCUCUAAGCUCUGAUGCUGCUGAUGGUCAUUAGUAGCCUACCAAACGUACUAACUGCCUGGUACUCAGCACACUAUUGUCCCUCUAAUCACUUUAACAUUAAUGCAAAUGUAAUCGCAAACACUUCAUGAGAGCCCAUGAGCUCAUGUUGCGCAACAUUUAUAUAGGCUAUGCAAUUGCGUGAGAAAACAGAGUGAUGGCCUCUAUGAAAAAGAGGGUCCCAUCAGCUUUCUGUAGGCUAGGCCUAUUAUAUUUAUUUCUGAACUUUCCUAAUAUUAAGCACAUUGCUUCUCUUUACAACAGGAGUAUAGCCUACCUGGCUGGUAUGAAAAUGAACCACGGGAAAAGUGUACUCUAUUCACUAUUUAAGUGCAUGUAUUUUUUUCCCCUGCCCCUGUUUCGAAACGGGUGCAUGAUAGUGGUCCAUUCUAAAUCAGAACAAAUUUCACACAUAUAUAAUUUAGUAUAUGUAAAGACAAGAUUAAAUCAAGAACAGUCUGAUGGGUGACAAUAGUAGCCUAUCACUUGUGAAUGAUAUAUUAUCACCAUCUUGUGUGCAGUAAGGCAAGAAACAGCGCAUGCCUUUCUCUCGACUUUUUCAAAUCCUAAUCACAAAAAAACCCUAGCCCAUAGGCCUAUAUGUUUUGAUAAGGUUUGUAUCACAACUAAAGUGGCCAAAUAACCUAUUAAAAUAAAGCACAUUAAUCAGCUUUACGACGGGUGUAGAACCUAACUGGCAUACAUAUGCAGCGCGUGAGUUUCAAGUUUGGGGAAGUUAAUUUUCACAAUAAAAAUGCACCUUUUAUAAUAAAAGCCAUACAUGCAUAAUCGCAUUUGCGGUCACUUUUGAGAAUGGUGUUUUCCCGCUAAUGUGAGGACAGACGCUGGGAGAGGAGAAGCAGGUACAGGGAGUGAAUAUUUAAUAUAAACAGACACGAAACAAAACACGGACAGCGUCUGGACAGGGGAAACAUAACAAUAUUAAUGCUGACACGGGGAUCACAACUGAGGAACAGACAGAUAUAGGGGCGGUAAUCAAACAGUGAUAAAGUCCAGGUGAGUCCAAUGAAGCGCAGAUGCGCGUAACGACGGUGACGGGUGUGCGUAAUGAUGGGCAGACUGGCAGAGGGGGAGCGGGAGCAGGCGUCCCACCUGGGUGAACCUGACCGGCUGGCCGAGGCAUGGGAGCCGAACGAGCCGGCGGAGGCGUGGGAGCCUGACGAGCCGGCUGAGGCGUGGAGGGGGAGCGGGAGCAGGCGUGACAGCUAAAUGAUUGCAUUUUGUAACAUUCGCGCUUAUAGCCAACUGCGGUGUGCGCAUUGCUGUGUUUAUAAUGUGAAGAAAUAGCCUAAUAGUUUAUCAACAUUUUAAGCUAAACGUUCUGAUCUGUUGCAUCAGCCUCAUUGCUUAAAACAGUUUUUGGGAUGCUAGUGGUUGUAUUCAUUUGGGAUCUAUUGCAUCCCACAACUGUCCCAGACUAUGUUUGGAAUCAUUAUUUCUCACACAGUAUAGAAUAGGUCAACUUUUGUACUAUGGGGGAUAGUAGAUUGACAUAGGCUAGUGCUUUUGUUGUUCGUUAGGCCUACUCAUCUUGUUGGCUGACUAAAAGUAAAUGUGGACAGUUCUUCCAAUAUCUUCAAUAUGCGCCUCGGAAUUGGAUAAGGACACUCAGUUGCGACCCUGAUGUGUCUGUCUUCAGCCUGUGAGAAAGACCCGAUCAUGUGACGGCAUUGUCUAAUAACAAUUGAGAUAUCUGAGAGAGCCAUGUGAGUGAGAGGUGCUUCGGAGUACGCAGCCGGGAGAAGGGAAUGAUAAUUAUUAUAUUCAGCCCAAGGGAACAACGGCCACUGGCCGCAAAAGGCAUGGAUUUUUUAAAGCAGCAUUACGGCCACACAAAGGGGAUUCUGCCGGGAAAUUCGAGGCAUUAUCAAGGCUUGUCAAAAGAAUAGCCACAUGUGCGCACUCCCUCAUCAUUUGGAGAAAAUAUCCUUUCUAUUUUAUUCAGCUAUGUUCAAUUGUAUUCUUCAUACUAUAAAACAAUAUAAAAUAAUGCCACGGAAUUCUAAGCAAAUCUUGUCUGCCAAAUGAACUAGUGUAGCCCACAGCCAUAUGCCAUAGCCAGAUCGGGAUAGCAGCUUACACAAGAAAUAACUAAUAUUAAUAACCAUCUAGAUGUCACCUUGAUACAUACAUACAGUCUACUACUCAAUGGGGUGGGCAUGAACGGUAACAACAUCGCCAAGAACUACUGUCCGGCAACGGCGUGGGAAGUAGCCAAUAUCAGGGUGACAGUCACAAUAAGCACACACAUAUAACACAUGAAGCAACAGCACACCCAUCAUCAUCAAUACUUUUAAUCAAAAAUAAACAAUCGUCAGUUUUAUAACUGAAAAUGUACAAUAAUUUUUGAGAAACUAACAGUGAAAUACAACUCAGACUCAUGCUCUGGCUUCAAAACAGAAGUCCCAACCUCUUGCGGUACGGUAGUUGCGUGGUAAGAAACAGAAGAAGAAAAAACACUGCUCAAUCAAAACCGUCUAACCUACACAGUGUACAAAACAUUAAGAACACCUUCCUAAUAUUGAGUUGCACCCCCCUCACCCUUUUGCCCUCAGAACAGCCUCAAUUCGUCGGGGAAUGGACUCUACAAGGUGUCGAAAGAGUUUCACAGGGAUGCUGGCCAAUGUUGACUCCAAUACUUCCCACAGUUGUGUCAAAUUGGCUAGAUGUCCCUUGGGUGGUGGGCCAUUUUUGAUACACACAGAAAACUGUUGCGCGUUAAAAACCCAGCAGUGUUGCAGUUCUUGACACAAACCGGUGCACCUGGCACCUACUACCAUACCCUGUUUAAAAGCAUUUAAAUAUUUUCUUUGCCCAUUCACCCUCUGAAUGGCACACAUACACAAUCCAUGUCUCAAUUGUCUCAAGGCUUAAAAAUCCUUCUUUAAUCUGUCUCCUCCACUUCAUCUACACUGAUUUGAAGUGGAUUUAACAAGUGACAUCAAUAAGGGAUCAUAGCUUUCACCUGGAUUCACCUGGUCAGUCAUACACUCAGUGUAUAGCAGAGCGCUUUCGACACACCCACUCCUUUCCACACACCCACUACUGUCCUUUCCACACACCCAUUUGCCCAUACUCCGGUCGCCAUAUUGGGAUGCAGCUACCACCUUCCCAGCAACAGUGGGAAUCUUAAUGUGCAGGGCAUGACUCAGGCAAAGAUGAGGCUUACCGGUAUGUUUACCAUAGGUGACAAGGUGUUAAACAUGUCCGCUCAAUGGGCUGGGGUCUCCUUCAGCAGGUAUUCAGAGAAUGGUCAGCUACCUCAUCCAGUUAUGUGUGUCCAACCAUGUCACUGUUAGACUGAAUGUGUGUGUGUGUCAGUUUGCAGUUUGACUCCAUGCUUGUUUUAGCCUCUGAUUGUGCAGUGUGUAUUUGACUGUAUCCGAGCUGGUGACAUGCCUCUCCUUGGAUGAACACCUGUUUGUUGUCUUAGGAAUGCGUAACUGUAAUGUAGGGAGUCAUAUUGAGUCACACUCAAGAAUGUUUGUGGACUGGCUAAUUACUUCAUGUCUCCAACGCAAAUUAUGUUCCAACCAUGCAAUACUUGACUACAGACAGUAUGGGUAUUGAGUUGGCAAUCAAUGGCGUGUUUUUAUGAUAAGAUUAUUCAAACGUAGUCACACUGUUGCCAACUGUUCAAUCCUAGCCUUCUGUUUGGUAGGUGUUGCAUCUGUGCAAUACUCUAAGUUGGCAUGUAUUGAACCCAUUGUCCUCUUCUUCUCUCCACAGAAAGAUCUGUGUGCACUGUAAGUGUGUGCGUGAGGAGCAUGCAGUGCGGGUGGUGCCGGGCCAGCUGGAGAGGAUGAUGAUGAAGCUGGUUUCAGACUUCCAAAGACACUCCAUAUCUGACGACGACUCGGGCUGCGCCUCCGAGGAGUACGCCUGGGUCCCACCUGGACUCAAGCCGGAGCAGGUCAGAACCAGUACAGCGAGCGCUUCACUUACAUACAUUAAUGCAUGCACGCAGGCAUGCAAGCACAUACACGCACACAUGCACACCACACACACAAACACAUGCACGCACACACUCACAUACAUGCAGACAUUAACACUCAGCAUAUACAAUAAGUGUACAAAACAUUAAGAACAUCUUCCUAAUAUUGAGUUCCACCCCCCCCCCUUUUGCCUUCAGAACAGCCUCAAUUUGUCGGGGCAUGGACUCUACAAGGUGUCGAAAGCGUUCUACAGGGAUGCUGGCCCAUGUUUACUCCAAUUGUGUCAAGUUGGCUGGAUGUCCUUUGGGUGGGGGACCAUUCUUGAAACACAUGGGAAACUGUUGAGUGAAAAACCCAUCAGAUUUUCAGUUCUUGACACUCAAACUGGUGCACCUGGCACCUACUACCAUACCUUGUUCAAAGGGAAUUAAAUAUUUUGUUUUGCCCAUUCACCCUCUGAAUGGCACACAUACACAAUCCAUGCCUCAAUUGUCUCAAGGCUUAAAAAUCCUUCUUUAACCUGUCUCCUCCCCUUCAUCUACACUGAUUGAAGUGGAUUUAACAAGUGACAUCAAUAAGGGAUCAUAGUUUUCACCUGGAUUCACCUGGUCAGUCUAUGUCAUGGAAAGAGCAGGUGUCCUUAAUGUUUUGUACACUCAGUGUAUGUUUAAACUUCAACACACAUUCUUAUUUGCAUACACACAGGGUUGAAAACGUGUGUGUGUGUGUGUGUGUGUGUGUGUCUGAACAUUCUUGUUUUUUAAUGCAGGUGUAUCAGUAUUUCAGCUGUAUCCCGGAGGACAGAGUGCCCUAUGCUAACAGUUCAGGAGAGAGAUAUCGCAUCAAACAGCUCCUUCACCAGCUACCAGCCCACGACAGUGAGGUAACGGUCACUAAUACUGUAACUCUGUGUGAGGUUUUGGUGUCCUAACGCCCCUGGGCUGUAAAAAAAAAAUGUUCUGCUGGGAUGCUUGUCUGACUCAGUAUUGUAAGUGUUCUCUAGGACUAGUCUGCAACUCUGUGUGAAAUGUUGGUUUUCCUAACCUCUGGGCUGUAAUGUAGUUGGUUUGUGUUGUUCCUCACUAAACUGUUCUGCUUGUCUGAGUCAGCAUUAUAACUGUAUGUGUUUCCGGUUUCCAGCAUCAGUACUGUAACCAUCUGGAUGAGGAGGAGAAGAAGGAGCUGUGUCUGUUCAGUCAGCAGAGGAAGAGGGAGAACCUGGGAAGAGGCAUGGUCAGACUGUUCCCUGUCACCAUGACCGGAGCCAUCUGCCAACAGGUAGACAGUGCUGAGGGAGGGGGAUGGGGGAUCAGGGGGGAGACUAGGGUGGAAUGGAAACAGUGAGAGAGAGGGAUCAAGGAGAUGGAGAUGGUUUUUAGUGUAUGUAUGCUCUGUACUCCCACAGGCUCAUUUGCAUUUUGUUUACUUGUUGUUUUGUCUCGCUCUCAUUUUCUCUCACUCUCUCUCUUUCUCUCUCUUUCUCUCUUUCUUUCUUUCUCUCUCUCUCUCCGUCUCUCUCUCUCUCUCUCUCUCUGUCUCUCUCUCUCUCUCUCUCUCUCUCUCUCUCUCUCUCUCUCUCUUUCUGUGUUUCAGUGUGGCAGACAGAUCUAUGGUGGGGACAUAGCGGUGUUUGCCAGCCGGGCGGGGCACGGUAGCUGCUGGCACCCUCAGUGUUUCCAGUGUGCCUCGUGCACUGAGCUGCUGGUAGACCUCAUCUACUUCUACCAGGAUGGACAGAUCUACUGCGGUCGGCACCACGCUGAGAGAAUGAAACCACGCUGCCAGGCCUGUGAUGAGGUGACUGGCUCUGCCCUGUCAUGUCCUGUCAUGUCUACAAUGCAAAUCUCUCCAUACUGGCUCAUACACUCUGGCCUGCCCUGUCCAGUCCACAAAUCUCUCCAUACUGGCUCAUACACUCUGGCCUGCCCUGUCCAGUCCACAAAUCUCUCCAUACUGGCUCAUACACUCUGGCCUGCCCUGUCCAGUCCACAAAUCUCUCCAUACUGUUACUGUUUAACUGCUGUCUGUCCUGUCCCCACAAAGCUCUCUAAACUGUGUAUCCACUGUCCGUUUAUACAUUCUAUCUGCCCUGUCUAAAAAUCUCCAGUUCAAAUCGCCACUCUCUCCAGUUCUAACACUGACUCUUAUGAGGAGAUGUGUACUCUUACUCUGGGCUGGGAGAGUCUGUCUUUUGUCUUUGAUUCAUGUGCCUGUAGACCGGGGUUGUCAAACAUACGGCGGGGGGAGGGGAGAACUCAAUAUACUUUAAAAUGACUAAAAUAAAAUUGAAACUGUGUAGAAAUUAUAAUGGCCCGACAUUCAUAGUUUCUUGACUGUUUCCAGCUCGCUAAUAGCCACUGAAAUGAAAGCUUGACAGUCAGGGAGCUUUGAAAAUGCAAAAAAUGAUGGAUAGAGUCAAUAUUUAGCCAGUUUUGACGGCGAGGAAAUAUAAGCAAUUUUCAGUGCGGCCCUCUGGAGCUCAUUGAAGACCAAAUGUGGCCCCUGGGGCAAAAUGAGUUUGACAACACUGCUGUAGACCCUAGAGGAACAUCUAGUCCCACAGUGAGCCAUAUGUUGUUGUUCCACAAGCACCUUUUUAAUCUCUCCUCCUCAGGCACACACACUCACACACACAGAAAUAUUCACUACUUUUCACUGAUUAUGAAUGCAGCAACACUAACAGGGUAAAUUUGAUAGGACAAACAGACAGCCAGACAAACAGAUAGACAGCAAUCCAGACAGACAGACACAAAGAUCAACACGCACGCACACACACACACACACACACACACACUCUGACUCCCUCUCAUUUACACCCUCUUUGUUUGUGACUUAAAGAGAUCAGUUGAAGUAGACAAAUAGGUCUGUCAUGACUGACUUUCACAACCCACUGGGCACAGACAUAAAUUCAACAUCUAUUCCAUGUUGGUUUCAACGUCAUUUCAUUGAAAUGACAUAGAAACAAUGAAGAUUCAACCAGUGUGUGCACAGUGGGAAGUCCUUAGAGGACACAACAUUGGCCCUGUCACACGGAUACUCUGGGAAAGCCUGUUUGUCAGAGGAAUGAAAAUGUCUUUCAACAUCCAGAAAUAUUCAAUAGUGAAGUAUUUUCUUGAGAUAUGAUUUGUUGACCCACCUUCUUUCUUCUUCACUCUUUCUCUCCCUGAAAUGCAGAUCAUUCUAGCAGAUGAGUGUACGGAGGCAGAGGGCCGACACUGGCACAUGAAGCACUUCUGUUGUUUUGAGUGUGAGGCAGCGUUGGGAGGGCAGCGGUACAUCAUGAGGGAGAGCCGGCCAUACUGCUGCUCCUGCUAUGAGUCCUUCUAUGCAGAGUACUGUGACACCUGUGGGGAACACAUAGGUACUGCAACUACACAUGUCCAUGUUUCCACAAAGGGAAACAUACAAUGAGUAUACAAAACAUUAAGAACACCUGCUCUUUCCAUGACAUAGACUGACCAGAUGAAUCCUGGUGAAAGUUAUGAUCCCUUAUUGAUGUCACUUCAAUCAGUGUAGAUGAAAGAAGGAUUUUUAAGCCUUGAGACAAUUGAGACAUGGAUUGUAUAUGUGUGCCAUUCAGAGGGAGAAUGGGCAAGACAAAAUAUGUAAUUGCCUUUGAACGGGGGUAUGGUAGUAGGUGCCAGGCACACUGGUUUGUGUCAAGAACUGCAACGCUGCUGGGUUUUUUACGCUCAACAUUUUCUUGUGUGUAUCAAGAGUGGUCUACCACCCAAAGGACAUCUAGCCAACUUGACAAAACUGUGGGAAGCAUUGUAGUCAACAUGGGCCAGCAUCCCUGUGGAACGCUGUGAACACAUACAGAUGUAGGAUCGUCAUAUGAGCCAGUUUACUACAGCAGGAAAAUAAUCCUGCAGCAACAGGAAAUGUUAAUAGUUUUGUGGAUUAUAAUGAAGGGUCAUUUUUGUAGGGGUUGGUACAUUUUCCGUUAGGGCAAAUCAAGUCUGACAUUUUAAAGAGGAAAUUACAAACUUUAGAAGCCUUUUUAACCUUGAAUACACUACAAGUUAGCAUUUCCUGCUGUGCAGGAAACUUCCUGCAACAACAGGAUGAUCAAAUUUAAGAUAAGUCAUCUGUACACAUAAAAAAAUAUAUACACACGUGCACAGAAAGAAACAUAUACUCACUCACACAGAGAAAUAUACACGCUCACAUAGAGACAACUUUCUUAGAGCCUCUCUUUGUCUUCCAGGUAUAGACCAGGGUCAGAUGACCUAUGAGGGCCAGCACUGGCAUGCAGCCGAGUCGUGUUUCUGCUGUGCCCGCUGUCGGCUCCCCCUGCUGGGGCGGCCCUUCCUCCCGCGUGGGGGCCUCAUCUUCUGCUCCAGGCCCUGCUCCCUGGGAGAGGACCCAGAUAACUCAGACUCAUGUGACUCAGCCCUCCAGAGCCGGCCUCCACAGCACAGACGCUGUGAGACAGCAGAGAAGAUCCAGCAGUCGCAGCGCUGCUCCCCACAGCAACCACCAGAGGGAGCCAACAUCCCUGUUGUCCCAGGAAAAGACUGCGUUCAUGCUGCACAGGAAAAUAUAGGUAGGGGCCUACUGUACAUGCAUAUAUGCAGAUGGCAUUUACAUGUUAUGUAGGUCAUGCCUGAGCCUUUUUAUUUGCCCAGCAUGUAACAGCUAUGUAAUACUCAUACACAUACAAACAUAACAUAGCCUGCAGGGAAUGUAAUUGAAAUGAAGAAAGAUAAUUUGAGUUAUUUAGCAGGUUAUUUUAUCCAAGGCAACUUUGAUCAAAUUAUCAAAACAAUACCAUUUAGAAAUUGUCAAAGAUUACAUAGCCUUUUCUAUUCAAGCAAGGUGUUUUAUCUUCAUUUCAACUCUGUCUCCCAGGUGUUCCCAUCUCUACUAAUGUUCCAAAUGGAGUCCCCCCGCCACCCAAAGGUCAUCCUAACCUCAGAAGGUCCUACUCUCCACUUCCCCACUGUCGCUUAGCCAAUGGCUGGGCACCAUCUUGGCCUGUCGACCAAUCACUCAACAGUUUGCACCCUGGAGACUGUGGCAAGCAUCAAGGCAGUAGUCUGGAGUUUUUAGGAGAGCCCAACGGCUACGCUGGACACCCCCUCACCAGUUUCAGUAGAGGAACGUCUACAACAAAGGACUGUGGGAACUGGGUGGAGAAGAGUAGUCAAGUUACGCAAGGUAUUACACAUGGGUGAAUUGUUCUACAAAGUGCCACUUCAAGGCAAUGACAUGCAUAAUAAAUGUGGGUCUUAAGCUAAAGCAUUGUGUUCAGAAUGAAACAGUUAACUGUAGUGCUCUGUUAGAUACAAUUGGCCAUAAGAAAGAGUUGGUAGUAUUCUAUAAAUCCGUCUUCACAUCUUUCUCACCUCCUGUUAUUGUGAGUUGAUUGAACAGUAAUUGAAUCCUUUACCUUUUUAUGGAUUGAGGUAUUUUAUUUGUUCCCUCUCCCUCUUCCCAGUGUUUCCUCCCCCGAGGAACUCCUCCUUACCUGCAUCACUAAACCACCCCAGUCCUGCUGACCCGCCGCCCCUCCCACCCACUCUACCCACCAAGUCUUGUGAUUUGAUGACCAAGCCAAGUCUGCACCAACCAGAACCAAGCCCCCCUGACCAUAGCCCCCAAUCAUUUCGCAGUGGGACAGCCAGGGUCAGCUUUCGAGAGCCAAUCAGCUGCAGCUACUCUGUGAAUGAGGAGGAGGAGGAAGAAGAAGAAGAUGAGGAGGAGAAAGGAGAUGGGGAAGAAGAACAGGGGGAGGAAGAGGAUGGAGGUUUUGGGCGCAGAUUACAUAUGCAGAAGGGCAUUCCACCUCAAAUGGACCUUCUGGGUAAGAGACAAAUACCACUUUUUUUUAUUUUCCUUCUCCUGUUCUUUUUUAUUUUCUUCACAACUACCAACCGUCUCUAAUUUUCUGUGUCUCCUCACAGAUGGUUCAUACCAACAUCGUAGUUUACGGCGGGGGUGGAACCGCGGCCGCGUGGCCUCGGACUCCAUUCUCCACCUAGGCACAGAGAGACACUUCCAUUACUCUGUGCCUGAUCGGCCCCGUCUGGACGCUCUAGAAUGGAGAGGAGAGAGGGAGAGGGCUUCCCUCUCUUCCCCUGGCACCACAGAGCCCCUGUCACUCACCCUCCAGCCAGCCCAGUACAACAAACACGAGGACUCCUGCUCAACCUGCUCCUCCUCCUCCUCCUCAGAGGAAGAGGGUUACUUCCUGGGGCAGCCCAUCCCCCUGCCCCCCCAGCUAACCCGAAGGCCCCAGUCCGUGGAUGGAGAGAGGGAGGGAGAGGGGGACGGAGAGAGGGAGGGAGUAAAGGACAGGGGUUUGAGGAACAGCCUGAGAAGGAGGAGGAGGGCAAAUAGCCUUGGCGCAAAGGACAAAGACAACUGUGCAAUCUCCUAA